CUCAUUUGACUUUUGUGUAGCCUUUGGCAUAAUUUGUAACCGCUUGAAAAAAUUUUCUGUAUUUGGUUUCACGUGGUCUUUCCUCCCCACUGGCUACUCUUUCUUAGUCCCCUUUGCUGCCCUUUUUUUCCCCCAGCAGUUCUUGGCCCGGUUCUGUUGCUCUCCAGUUUCCCUUGGUGAUCUUUUCCAGAUUUAUUAUUUUAUCUUCCUAUGUCUUCUUUUAUUACAUGUAUUCGUUAUUGUGAUCAUAAUAAUGCUGCCUAACAGACCACUCUUAAACUCAGUGGCAUGAAACAGCAAGCAUUUAUUCUCUUUAAACAGGUUUGCAGGUUCUGUGUUCAGCUUAUCUAGGCUGGGCUUGCCUGGGUGGCUGGACUGCAGAAUCGAUUCAGACCUGCUCCGCAUGUGUUCUUUCUGCAGCUCAGGCUAAAAGGACAGUUGUUACCAGGACGUGUUCUUCUCCUGGUGGAUCACCAGAGUGCAAGAAAAAACACCCUUAAAAACCUCUACUCCCAAGUAUACUAAUAUUAGGUUAGCCAAAGCUAUUCAGGUGCCUAAGUGUAACAUUAAUUACACCCAGUCAGAGGGCAAGGCAAAGUUAAAUGGCAAAAAGCGUGAAUGUGUAAUCCUCUUAGAGGGGGGUGAAACGUUGGGACCAAGAUUCCAGUCUACGACAUUAAGAAACAUGCCUCUUUAUCCUGGUGAAUGUCUUUUGGUCCAUGUUCUCUUUUGUCUGAUAAUAUUGCUUUUCGCGUUUUGUUAUUGUAUUUUCCAGGAAUUUCAUUUUACAACCCCUUCCCUUUAUGUCUUUAUACUUCAGGUCUGUCUCUUGUUAAGAGCAUAUUGCUGGGCUUUUCCCCUUUUUAUCCUGUUUGACUGUUAUUUUAAUAGACUCUUGGUGUUUCUAUUGGUUCAACCUGAGUUGCUGAGUCUUUGAGCUUUCUUCCAGACUCCUGCUGUCUCAGCAUCUCUGGUCCUGGCUCCACAAAGAUAAGACAGAUCUGUGACGUGAGGAUAAAGAACCGUGAAGAGCAGGUAUUUAUCGUGGAAGGAGACUACCUGAUCUGAGUCCACCCCUGGAAGCUGGGGAGUCCUGAGAUAGAGUGGACCCUGGAAUUGCUAGACCUGCACCCUAUCUUAACCCCUCUGUUUGGAGUGGGAAAGGCCUGAAUGACAUCUCAACCUUCAGAGAUCAGCAGUAGCUGUAUGAAAACGGAGCAUUUGACCCAGAUGAUGGAAGGGACAGCUUGGUGUUCUCCAGAUUCUGCCCUUUUCAAGGAAGAAGAGGAUAUGACCAGUUCUCUUGGAACAGUAACAUUUAAGGAUGUGGCUGUGGACCUCACCCAGGAGGAAUGGCAGCAAAUGAAACCUGCUCAGAGGGACUUGUACCGUGAUGUGAUGCUGGAGAACUAUAGCAACCUAGUCACAGUGGGCUGCCAAGUCACCAAACCAGAUGUGAUCUUCAGGUUGGAGCAGGAAGAGGAGCCAUGGGUGAUAGAAGAAGAAAUGCUUGGGAGGCCCUGUCCAGAAGUUUGGGAAGAUGAUGAAAAGAUCAAGGAGCAGCAAGAAACACUUGUGAGGAAAGUCACAUCCAUCUCCAAGAAAACUCUAAUUAAGGAAAAUGUCAUUGAAUGUAAAAAAGUUGCAAAAGUAUUUCCUCUGGGCUCAGACAUUGUUACUUCAAGACAAAACUUCUAUGAAUAUGACUCAUUUGAUAAGGGUUUUGAACAUAAUUUAGACUUACUUAGUUAUGAGAAAGGCUGUAUAAGAGAGAAAAAUUAUGAGUGUAAUAAGUAUGAGAAACCAUUUUACCAUUGCUCAUCCCAUGUUGUAACCCCCUUUAAGUGUAAUCAGUGUGGACAAGACUUUAAUCAUAAAUUUGACCUCAUCAGACAUGAGAGAAUUCAUGCUGGAGAGAAACUGUAUGAAUGUAAGGAAUGUGGAAAAGCUUUCAGUAGGAAGGAAAAUCUUAUUACACAUCAAAAAAUUCAUACUGGGGAAAAACCAUAUAAGUGUAAUGAAUGUGGAAAAGCUUUCAUUCAAAUGUCAAACCUUAUUAGACACCAGAGAAUUCAUACUGGAGAAAAACCUUAUGCAUGUAAGGAUUGUUGGAAGGCCUUCAGUCAGAAAUCAAAUCUCAUUGAACAUGAGAGAAUUCAUACUGGAGAAAAACCCUAUGAAUGUAAGGAAUGUGGAAAAGCCUUCAGCCAGAAGCAAAAUCUUAUUGAGCAUGAGAAAAUUCAUACUGGCGAGAAACCUUAUGCAUGUAAUGAAUGUGGUAGAGCUUUUUCUCGAAUGUCAUCUGUUAAUCUACAUAUGAGAAGUCACACAGGGGAGAAACCCUAUAAAUGUAAUAAAUGUGGAAAAGCCUUCUCUCAAUGCUCAGUAUUUAUUAUACAUAUGAGAAGUCAUACAGGUGAGAAACCCUAUGUAUGCAGUGAAUGUGGGAAAGCCUUCUCUCAAAGUUCAUCCCUUACUGUACAUAUGAGAAAUCAUACAGCUGAGAAACCCUAUGAAUGUAAUGAAUGUGGAAAAGCCUUCAGCCGGAAAGAAAAUCUCAUUACACAUCAAAAAAUUCAUACCGGAGAGAAACCUUAUGAAUGUAAUGAAUGUGGGAAAGCUUUUAUUCAGAUGUCAAACCUCAUCCGACACCAGAGAAUUCAUACUGGUGAGAAACCCUAUGGGUGUACAGUAUGUGGGAAAGCCUUUAGUCAGAAAUCGAAUCUCACUGAACAUGAGAAAAUUCAUACUGGAGAGAAACCCUAUCAUUGUAAUCAAUGUGGAAAAGCUUUCAGUCAGAGACAAAAUCUCCUUGAACAUGAAAAAAUUCAUACUGGAGAGAAGCCAUUUAAAUGUAAUGAAUGCGGUAAAGCCUUCUCUCGAAUCUCAUCCCUUACUCUUCACGUUAGAAGUCAUACAGGGGAGAAACCGUAUGAAUGUAAUAAAUGUGGAAAAGCCUUCUCUCAGUGCUCAUUACUUAUAAUACAUAUGAGAAUUCACACCGGUGAGAAACCUUUUGAAUGUAAUGAAUGCGGGAAAGCAUUCUCUCAAAGAGCAUCCCUUUCUAUACAUAAGAGAGGUCAUACAGGUGAGAAACGCCGAGUAUACUAAAUGAAUAAAGGCCUUCUCUUAAAUUCAAUCCAUGCUUUACUUAACUUUAAAAUAUCUUGGCAUAGUCUCAAAAAAUGAAAAAGAUCUUUAUGAAAAAAUUGUAAAGCUUUAUUGAAGGGCAAAAGACUUGAGUAAAUGGAGGGAAAUAACAAUGGAUGUAGAUGGAAAAACCCAAUAUCAUAAAAUAUUUUUUCUCCCCAAAUUAAUCUGUGGACCUAAUAUAGUUCCAAACAUCUAACAAGAAUUUUCUAGGGUCUUUACCAAAUGAUUCUAAAAUCCAUAUGAAAUUAAAGUCUAUGGAUUGCUGAGACAAUAUUGAAUAAGAACAGAGAGGACACACCUUCUACCAUAUACUAUAUGUAUUAUGAAGUUAUGGUCAUAUAAUAGUGUGUGGUAUUAGAACAUUAAUGGAUAAAUAAAAAGGAUUUACAGAAUAGAAUGCCUAGAAGUAAAUGAAUGAAUAUAUGCAAACUUGUUGUAUAUUAGACAUGACAUCGUGAAUCAGUAGAAGAAUGACGGCCUAGUCAAUAAAAACAGUUGGAGUAUUUGAAUCUCCAUAUUGGGGAAAAUAAAAUUACAUACAACCUUACAACAUAUAAAGAAAAAUAAUUCCAAAGGAUUUGAACAUUGAAAUGUGAAAAGCCAAACUCUGAACUUCUUGAAAGGAAAUAACAGGAUAUUGUCUAUUACUUUGAGGCAGGGAAAUAUUUUUUAAAAGGACCCUGCCAUUCCACUUCUGGAUAUACAUCCUAAAGAAGUUCAUAAAUGUGAAUAAGAAAUAUAUAUAUAUAUAUAUCUGAAUUGAAAAUAACAUAUAUAUUGAAGGGAUAAUGGAUGAAUAAAAUGUGAUAUAUUCAAAUAAUGGAAUGGUAUAUAGCAGUUAAAAGCAAUGAGCUUGGUCUGUAUUGUGUAACAUGGUUGUUAUCUAAAAUAAUGUUGAGUGAAAAAAAAAUCAAGAUCCAGAUGAAACAUACCAUAUAAUAACAUUCAUGUAAAUUGGAGUGAAAUCAUUCACAAAGAAUAGAAUUGUUUUUAUUAUUGAAAUAUGUAUGUAAAACUAUUUUAAAUGGAUUAAAAAAGACACAUACCAAAUUAUUGAUAGUGUUGUCUCUGGCAGGAGAUUAGGAUUGAGGGUGUUGGUCAAAGGGGGCUUUUAGCUUUACUUGUAACUUUUAUGCCUUAAAAA